UUUGUGUUCUCUUCCUUUAAAGCCCUCACGCUCUAUUCUGGAGCAAUGAAAAACUAGAACCGGGGAGGCCACCGAGGCAACCCAAGAUCAUUCGGGAAGCGCGGAUCUUAUAUGCAGGCAGGCUGCGCCACGCGUCGGGAGAACGGACGGAGUAAGAUCUCAGCAACGAAAAGGAUGGAAGGUCUGAAGGAGACACGGGGAACUUUGGAUUGAGGAGAGGAGGGGACGAGGGACGGAAGACCGCCCGAUGAACGACAGUUUUUUUCUUGGAUAUUUUUUGUGUGCUUUUUUUAGGGGGGAUUUUGGAUAAUUUUUGCGGUUGAUCAAAAUGCCAUUUGCCAAAAGGAUUGUAGAACCCCAGUUACUGUGCAGGUUACCUAUUCCAAACGACGAAGGCUCGCUCAACGUUGAGGAUCUGUGCUCCAUCAAUAAUGUGGUGCUCUCGCGGACCUUGCGGCAGCUCUCCGACCUGGCCAAACACGCCUGCUCCCUAUUCCAGGAGCUGGAGAACGAGAUCAUGUCCACCAACCAGAGGGUCUGGGUUCUGCAGAAUAAAAUGGGGAAGAUCCAACACAACGCCAGCGGUCUAGAUCCCAAAAAGGAGCCAGUGCCUGUCUCUAACCUGGAUGUGGAGAGUAAGCUAACAGUGCACUACCAGGCCCCAUGGCACCAGCACCACAACGUGUUUCACCCCUGCAGCCGGCCGCCAUGCGUAGAGGAGCUCCACAGACAUGCCAAGCAGAGCCUGCGAGCCCUGCACAGAGACCAACAGCAACGUCAACGGUCGAACAGCCGCGAGCGCAGAGUGACCAUCUCCAUCUCUGGGGCUCCUCCAAUGCCCACCCUCCCUUCCCCACGCACCCUCAGACGGCACGAGCAGAGGGUCAGGCACAGCCGCACGCAGGCGAGACCAGAGAGAGAAAUAGAAUAUCAACUUCGGAAGGAGAGACACGUGAGAGAGACAGACAUCCAGACAAUACACAGAAAGUAUGACCGUACCCGCUCCCCCUCCCCCACUGAAUGUUGCCUCUUCACCCCAUGGACCAGAAAGGCUGCCCCUACCACUGACCCUGAUGCUGAGCCUGCAGUGGCCCACAGGUCUACUGGUGCUAUUCCCAACCCCCCCUCCACACUGGACAAGCAGACCAACUGGUCCAAAGCCCUGCCUCUGCCCACCCCUCAGGAGAGGAUGAAGAGUGACCCAGCAGUCGUGUCCUCGUGCAUCAUCCCCAUCAACGUCACUGGGGUGGGGUUCGACAGGGAGGCUAGUGUGCGCUGCUCCCUGGUACACUCCCAGUCUGUGCUGCAGAGGAGGAGGAAGCUGAGGAGGAGGAAGACCAUCACCGGGAUCCCCAGACGAGUUCAACAGGACAUGGACUCUGAUGAGUCUCCAGUGACGAGGGAAAGGACAGUGAUGGUCCACACCAACCCUCACCUGUCCCUCUGUCAGGAGGAGCUGUCCCUCCGAGGGGGACACACCAAGGACUCCGGCUGCCAGACGGACGACUGCCUGACCGGUGGCGGUGGCGCCCCGUCCAGGAGACGUAUACGUGCCCAGCGCGGCGGCCAGGGGGGCAUCCCCGCCUCCCUCUCCCACUCCACCGGGAACAUCUCCUCGCUCCCCGACCACCCUGACACCGCCAUGUACACCGCCUCCGGCUCUCGCCUCCGCUCCCGCAGCCUCCCCCGCGAGGGCGGCCGCAUACGCGACGAGGACCAGGACGACAGUGAUGAAGAUGAGGAUGAUGAUGACGACGAUGAUGAUGAAGAUGAGGAGCUCUCUCCAUACGAGACGGAGGACUUCCUCCCGGGAACGGGGCCAAGGAUGUUAAAAGACGAGGAGGAGAGUACGGAUGACCAGGCCAUGCCAGAGCUGCAGCUGGGGAGUCUGAAGAGGAUACAGCAAGGAGACGGGGGGAGUCCAGAACACAUGUGGAUGGAGAGGGGUCGCUCCCGCCUCCCCCGUCAGGUCGACAUGGGGAACUGUGAGAUCUCCUCCAGCUCAGACACCUUCAGCAGCCCCAUCCACUCUGUCUCUACUACGGGGGUGCUGAGAGGACAGAUAGACCACAAGGAGGACCACCAGUCGUCCAGUGGUAACUGGAGUGGCAGCAGUUCCACAUGCCCCUCCCAGACCUCUGAGACACUCCCCCCCGCCGCAUCCCCCCCUCUGACCGGCUCCUCCCACUGUGACUCGGAGCUGUCGCUCAACGCCGCGCCGCACGCCAUCGAUGACCUCACCGGCUUUAUCAUCGACCCCUACCAUUCGGAUCAGCCGCAGGGCCAGGGUCAUAGGUCCAGCUCCUUCACCUCCUCAGCCACUGACCAGCUGGAUGAUGCAGGGGUCAGUACUGCCAGCGAGGGAGAGUGGACCUACCCUCAAGACCAGGCUGAUCAGGACCAGCUGUGUAGUCAGGACUUCAGCCCCAGGCGUUCGUCCAGGGGGGACCAGACCAGGAUAGACUUCACCAACAUCAGCAGUUACGAUGGCUUCUCAGACCGAGCUCCCCCUACUGCUGCAGCAGACUCCCAGGGCUUCUACUCAUCCUCCAUGCACUUUGACUCCAUGCAGGGCCAGAGUUACAGGAGAUACAUGUACAACUAUGCAGCAGUGGGCUCUGGCGCUGACUGUGGCCAGGGUAAUACUGUGGGCGCUACGCCUGGUGAGGGAGAGGGCAUGGCUGGGUAUCCUCCUCAGUCCUCUGACUACAGGGGAGCCACCCUGACGCUAGGGAGGCCGUGUCGUCCGCUGAAGAAACCAAAGGUCAAGCCACCCCCACCAAAACGGAGCUCCUCGCUGAAGGAGACGUGUAGCGCUGGUGCUCCAGAGGACGUCCCCCCUGAGCAGGGCGAUGAGCAGGGCGAUGAGCAGGGCGAUGAGCAGGGCGACCAGGACCAACCAAAGAUUCAUAGUAGUGGGCAGACACAGACCCUGAACCUGCCCAUGUCUUCCAGAGACAGAGAGAUGAGGCUGCAGCUGGACAUGGCCAGCCCGGGGGAGGUGGAGAAUCCUGGGUUGGAGGCUGAGGUGUUGGGUGGUGGUGGUGCCUGGGGGAUGGGGAGCCCCAGGAGCCCCAGGACUGUGGAGAUGACGGAGCCCACCUCGUUCGGGUCCACUGACACUCACUCCUUCAAGGACGAGGGCGCCGUUCAGUCUGACUAUGCAGACCUCUGGUUCCUCAACGACUUGAAAUCCCAAAAUAACCUGGACCCCAACGGCUCCUUGUCCAACUCCAGCACUGCUACGGGUACUACUGUUAUUGAAUGCAUCAAGUCGCCGGUGGACAGCUCCUCCUCUCCCGGGGGAGAGACCCAGGCGUUGAUGCAUUCCUCCGGCUCUGGUUCCAGCUCCUCCAGGCCCACCUCCCCUCCUCUUCCCCCCGGGGAUGGAGACUUCAAGCUGGGCUCUCCUGAGAAGCUGGCCGGCCUCGCCUCGCCCUCCAGCGGAUACUCCAGCCAAUCGGAGACGCCCACGUCUUCAUUCCCGUUAGCGUUCUUCCCCGGCCCGCUCUCUCCGACCAGCGGGAAACGGAAACCCAAAGUCCCCGAGAGGAAGUCUUCUCUAUCCUCGCUGCAGCACCAGGCCCAGACCCAGUUUUCUAGCUCGGCCUCUGGAUCCUCCUCUUCCUGUUCCUCUUCCUCUUCCUCGUCAUCCAGGAAGGACUAUGACUUCCCGGCUCCACCCACCCAGCUGGACUUAAGUUCUCUUCACAGCGCCCAUGGCAGCAGGCCGUUACCCACUCUGGCCCACCGGACCCACAUGCACACGCUGCACCAGAACAAGCAAAGGGCAGCAGCAGCAGCAGAGGCCCGGGCCACCGCGUGUAACACUGCAGCCGUUAACGCUAAUGCUAGUGCUAAAGCUAGUGCUAACGCUAACGCUAGUUCUAAUGCUAACGCUAGUGCUAGUGCUAACGCUAGUGCAGCCCCCUCUGGGUUUAUCAAUGGAUCCACUCUGACUCCAGAGGCCCCACUUGCUGCCAACCCCAUGGCCCUGGCCAUCACCCCCACUGUGCUGCGCUCCGUCCAGCUACGUUCCAUCGGCCACAGGGCCACCAAAUGGUUCUCAGCCCCAGGCCCGGGGCCAGGCUCAGGGUGCUCAGGGCCAGGAGCCUCCACCACCACAAGCAUGGGCCCACGAGGCUUCAGGGGCCCCUGCCACCAGACCCAAGAUGCCCAGUGUAACCAUUGUGACCCCCACUCUGACACCAACACCAGGCCCCUGCCACCCAGGAGACCCAUGGCCCAGAAACCCCCACCACCACCGACCCAGGACCCCCACCACCCUUCUCAGGAGCACCACCACCACUCUGUACCCCAGCCCCAGCACCACCCCACUCCCAUGCAGCACCCGGACGGCCCCCCGACCUAUGAGAGCCUGGCCAGGCACCGGCAGGACCGCUACAGCCCCGGAACCUUCUGGGCAAUGACGGCGUUCCGGACGCGCCCUGCGGAACCUUUGGAACUUGAGGAACCCACGCACCGAGCGCCACCGCCAACUCCGGAACCCGUGAUUCCUACUACACACCCGGAGUGCCACGUGCUAGGGGAACGGAUUGAGGAUGAAGAAGACGAGGAGGAGGAAGAGCACGAUAGAGAGAUAUCAAGGGUUAUGAGUCACAGUCAAGGCCUCAUUAGAGAAUAUCGAGAAUAUCAUCAAAGAGAUCAUCCAAGGGAACCACCGACGUACGAGACGCUAGAGGAGUCCCACUCAUAUCAGUCCCAGUCACAUUAUCACAGCCAGUCACAGACACACUCCUGUCACAGUCAAAUGGUCCAGAGGUGGGACUUGGGCCCAAGCAGCGGUCCUGACAAAGUGCCCGGUGUAACGGUGGAAGCAUCACACCCUUACUCAAUCAGCCAUGUGAUAGAUCUAAGAGGUCGGAGUGGAGAGGACCGCUAUGAGAUGACAUCAUCAGGGGUUCCUACCAGAAGUGCCUCUCAGGAUAACAGCAGAGAUGACUCCACCACACCGGACACAGAGGACUACUUCAGCAAAGAGUCUACUAGUCCCAGUGAUAACUCGCUCUCUCCUCUGACUGACGAAACAACCAAACCUGAUGAUGAUGUUGUCUUCAUGUCGCCCAGCAAAUCACGUACUACUGAAGACCUGUUCGCCAUGAUCCACAGGUCCAAGAGAAAAGUCCUGGGCCGUAAAGACUCUGGAGAGCUGAGUGGGAAGAGCCGUCUGUGUCCUCCUCCGGCUGCCGUCGUUCCACCUGCAGCUAUCCUCCCAGCCAUCCCCCCUCCGCCCCCUCUCAUCAUCCCCCCCGCCCCAGCCCUCUCCACCCUGACCGCGGCCGGGACCCAGCGCACCCCAGGACCCAUCUACCGCAGCGCCAAGAAGUCCAGCACCUCCAAUGAGGAGUUCAAGCUGCUUCUCCUGAAGAAGGGCAGUCGGACUGAUUCCAGCUACCGCAUGUCUGCUACAGAGAUCCUCAAGAGCCCCAUCGCCCCUAAGUCCCCUGGGCACCCCUUGGCUGCUGAGGGCCAGGUCAGGUACCCCACCGAGGAGCCCCCCUCUCCCCUGCAGGAGCCAUCAUUGCAAGCGGACGGGGAGCAACUCUUCCCCCCCAGCCUCUUCCCCAGGCCCAGUUCAGACAGCUUCAGCCCUAAAACACCCCCCACGUCGGCUUCGUCCAGACAGGGGCGUUCCCGGAUCCCCCCUGCAGCCAAUAGUAGUCGCUACAGCACCCGUAGCCGACUCUAUACGGCACCCAUGCAGGUCAUAUCAGAGGGGGAGACUGAGAACUCAGAUGGGAGUCCCCAUGAUGAUCGCUCGGCGUAAUGAUCGCUCUGCUCAGUGCAGAAACAUGUACCCUAAUCCUUAUUUGGUGUGCUACUUUUGACCAGGGCCCAUAUAAGGAAUAGGAUGCCAUUUGGGACGUAGACAUAUUUAUAUGGAUCUGGUUCAGUGCUGUUGCUGUUCUUAUCUACUGAGUACUGACGGAUACACAACUCAACAAAGAGGGUAUAACCAGAGAGAAGACUACUCUGGACUACCUGCCUGGGGGUUUGAUAUCUUGGUGCAGAACUGAAGAACACAACUUUGUGUUUUGUUCAGAGUGUAAAGAAAGAAAAAAAAAUGUUCUUGUUUUGAACUUUGAACUCCCUUUUUAAAUAACCCAAGAUCCUGUAUUGAGUGAAACGUGGACAAGAGGAGAAAAAUGGAGUGGUAAGACAACCUGUGUGUGUGUUGGAGCAAAUGGAACAUCCAUCGUCAUUUUUUAUCUUCUUGGAUGUUGGAUGACUUGUAUGUCGUGUCCUAACGUGACCCUAAAAUAACUGCUUUCCGAAAGAAUUGCAUUUCUCUCUACACUUACACAGAGGACAGGUCAUUAUUUCAACCAUAAACAAAAUAUUCCCAGUCGACAAAAAUGAAUAAGCUAUAUGUUUUGUAUUGCUACCGCCCCAACACAAAACAAUGGACUGUGAUCACUAUUGACAACCAUGUGUCAAAGUAUUGUUUUACCAAGAGUGAGUUAACAACACACAUGCCAUCCUCACAUAGAUAAACUACAUGUAAAGAAAUAGGAAUGACCUAUGACCCUAGAAGAGCUCUCAGUGCAGGGAUUCCUGGCAGGGACACAUAAGGGAAAUAUUUGGUCUUGUUGAAGUGAUGUGGUGCAGAUGUCAAGGUGUCAGAAGAGAUGAUGGGACAAUCGUGCUGUGGCCUUUCUGCGCUGGAGGGCCAAGCAUGCCGGGGAUUCACUGACUACUCUAGAGGAGAUAUUUACCACUAUAAAAACAAACAAAGAGAGAAAAGCUAUCGAGGGUCUUUCCCACUAAUGUUUGGCUAGCUAGCCGGGAGGUUGAAAUGGAUCGGGUUUUCAAAGACUAACUUCUCCUUUGCACUUCGUCAUUAUGAAUUCUUCAAGAAUAUUCCUUGAGAAAAAUAAAACUAAUCUUAUAAUGGAAAAUUCCUAUUGUGUAUAUUUGUAUUGAAUAUAAAAGAACAUAGCUAUAUGAAGAGACAUACAAAAGAUUUUUUAACGUCACAAACCCAUCAUUUGUAGCAGAGUGGAUUGGGGACGUUCUAGAAUGACUAGAUUCUGUUUCUAUGGGGAUAGGUGGUGGGGGGGGGUGCAAUCUUUCCGUAGUUCCGUAACAUCAGUAGCCAGGGGCACGUCGCAAAGCCCAACACAUUAAUCAUACAACCUUAUUAAGAGAAACAACCAAUCAUCUGUCCUUGUGAAAAUAUCGGUUGAAUCUUUAAGAUUUCACUCAAAUAUUACGCUUCUCUCUAGUGGGUUUUUUUUUCUUCAGGUUUUAAACUAAUUUAACAUAACAAAUGGGUUAUACAUUUUAAGUAAUGACAUUCUGGUGAACAGACCAAUCUUGAAGAGUUGUGUUUCUACAUUGAAAAACAAACUGUAGAUCAAUGAAGUCACUCAAUGUGUUCUAUGAAUACCUCUGCAACCAUAUUACUGUUCGUUUGUACAGAUCUAACAUAGAGAUACAUAGAUUAACGGACAACUGUUACUCAGCGAAAUUUGAAUUGCAGAACUAACUGAACUGACACUGUGUACGAGGUUACAGGAGGAAACUAGCUGUGAACUAAUUAGAAUUUGACAUGAAUUAAUAUCUGUUGCUGCAGAGCACUGUGGUGUUCGUUGUUUUCUUCGUAUUUUCAUCUAUCGCAUGCAAUAAACAAAAAAACACCAUAUCAUUUUCAAGAGGGGAAAUAUCUGUUAGAGAUACUACCACGAGAAAAGAUAUCGAAUUUUCAGUUUCAUUUUUGAAUAUGUAAAGUUGGGUGUAAUUCAAUAUAUGUACAAAAUGUUUGACAAUUCUGUUUUGUAUAGUUGUGUUCAUGGACAGGGGGGUAUCUUGUACUGUAAAAUGAACAAAACUGACUGGACAAUCAAACUGAGAAUUUGGAAAAACGUAAGAAAGCUAUAAGAGUACGUAGGUUCCAGGUAAGGGAUGAGUACGUUCUGGAGUUAGUUAUUACGUAGGUUCCAGGUAAGGGAUGAGUACGUUCUGGAGUUAGUUAUUACGUAGGUUCCAGGUAAGGGAUGAGAACGUUCUGGAGUUAGUUAUUAUGUAGGUUCCAGGUAAGGGAUGAGUACGUUCUGGAGUUAGUUAUUACGUAGGUUCCAGGUAAGGGAUGAGUACGUUCUGGAGUUAGUUAUUACGUAGGUUCCAGGUAAGGGAUGAGUACGUUCUGGAGUUAGUUAUUACGUAGGUUCCAGGUAAGGGAUGAGUACGUUCUGGAGUUAGUUAUUACGUAGGUUCCAGGUAAGGGAUGAGUACGUUCUGGAGUUAGUUAUUACGUAGGUUCCAGGUAAGGGAUGAGUACGUUCUGGAGUUAGUUAUUACGUAGGUUCCAGGUAAGGGAUGAGUACGUUCUGGAGUUAGUUAUUACGUAGGUUCCAGGUAAGGGAUGAGUACGUUCUGGAGUUAGUUAUUACGUAGGUUCCAGGUAAGGGAUGAGUACGUUCUGGAGUUAUUACGUAGGUUCCAGGUAAGGGAUGAGUACGUUCUGGAGUUAGUUAUUAGUAAAAAGAUCCAGGGUGAAAUCAGAGUCAGAUGAAUUGAGCUUGAGAUGGGACGGGAGGUAGGAUGGGUAUGUGCAUGCGUGUGCACUUGUAUGUGUAUGUGUGCGUGCGCAUCUGCGUGUGUGUGUGUUACGUGGACAGUGAACAGAGCAGGUAGAGGUAGGGUCGUCGUUAGGUAGGGCAACGCACUACAAUUCCUCCCUGUACUCUUAGAAAAAAAGGUGCUAUCUAGAACCUGAAAGGGUUUUUCGGCUGUCCCAAUAGGAGAACCCUUUGAAGAACCCGUUUUGGGUUCCAAGUAGAACCCUUUUAGUUCUAGGUAGAACCCUUUCAGGUUCCAUGUAGAACCCUUUUUACAGAGGGUUCUACAUGGAACUUAAAAGGGUUCUACCUGGAACUAAAAAGGGUUCUCCUAUGGGGAGAGCCGAAGAACCCUUUUGGAACCUUUUUUUCUAAGAGUGUGUGGUAUAAUUGUGUUAACAUUCUAUUUCAUCUUAUCGUUUUACAAACUGUUGGACUAUAAAACUGCAGCCAUUCAUUUGCCUGGUGUUGAAAUGCCAUACUAUAUAUAUAUCUAGGCAUUUGGUGAACCUUUCUGUGGUCAAAAUUACACAAAAUGGCUGGUUAGACACUGGGGAACAUUGGGGAACAUUGGGGAACAUUGGGUAACCAAGAGACAGGUACCUCUCUAUGCAUUGUGUCUCUCUUUUAAAUGUAGAUUAUGGUGCGACAACUUGCCAGGAUCUACAAGAUGACAUUCAUUAAUGACAAUAAGUAUACAGCAUUGUAUAGAAACUAUUUUUAAUCACAGGAUAUUUUAUCCAGAGAGUUAUUUUAUUAUCAUAUUGAAUAACCGAGAAGAGGAAUGAUGGUGAAACUGAAAGACAUUUCAUGUCAGAGUCUAUAAUAAUAUCAUGAUUGAACUGAACUGGCUGAUGCUAAACGUGACGGUGCAUUCUUAGAAUGCAUCCCAAAUGGCACCCAUAUUCCCUACCUAGUGCACUACCCCAUAGGGCUCUGGUCAAAAGUAGUGCACUACCCCAUAGGGCUCUGGUCUAAAGUAGUGCACUACCCCAUAGGGCUCUGGUCUAAAGUAGUGCACUACCCCAUAGGGCUCUGGUCAAAAGUAGUGCACUACCCCAUAGGGCUCUGGUCUAAAGUAGUGCAAUACCCCAUAGGGCUCUGGUCUAAAGUAGUGCACUACCCCAUAGGGCUCUGGUCUAAAGUAGUGCACUACCCCAUAGGGCUCUGGUCUAAAGUAGUGCACUACCCCAUAGGGCUCUGGUCUAAAGUAGUGCACUACCCCAUAGGGCUCUGGUCUAAAGUAGUGCACUACCCCAUAGGGCUCUGGUCUAAAGUAGUGCACUACCCUAUAGGGCUCUGGUCUAAAGUAGUGCACUACCCCAUAGGGCUCUGGUCUAAAGUAGUGCACUACAUAGGGAAUAAAAGGGGGCCAUUUCUGACUCAGUCUUAGAAUAUGAACGUUAAACUAUAUGGUGUCAAAAUCCACCUUGAGUAGAUAUUUGGGAUCCUCUGAAGUCAUUUUUAAUUGUUCAUAUGGAUUAGUAACAGUAGUUUGACAUAAUCUGUAUGCAGCCAAAACAAAUAUAUAGAUUAUAUUUUGAUGAUUUGUGUUCCCAUUGCAAGUGUCUUUCAACUUUAGGUAAAGUAGCAAUGUAGCCAUUUCCCCCCAAGGCCAGGCCCCACAGACUAAAGACAUUGGUUCGUCUGAGACCAGGCCCCACAGACUAAAGACAUUGGUUUGUCUGAGUCCAGGCCCCACAGACUAAAGACAUUGGUUCGUCUGAGGCCAGGCCCCACAGACUAAAGACAUUGGUUCGUCUGAGGCCAGGCCCCACAGACUAAAGACAUUGGUUCGUCUGAGGCCAGGCCCCACAGACUAAAGACAUUGGUUUGUCUGAGGCCAGGCCCCACAGACUAAAGACAUUGGUUCGUCUGAGGCCAGGCCCCACAGACUAAAGACAUUGGUUCGUCUGAGACCAGGCCCCACAGACUAAAGACAUUGGUUCGUCUGAGUCCAGGCCCCACAAACUAAAGACAUUGGUUCGUCUGAGGCCAGGCCCCACAGACUAAAGACAUUGGUUUGUCUGAGUCCAGGCCCCACAGACUAAAGACAUUGGUUUGUCUGAGUCCAGGCCCCACAAACUAAAGACAUUGGUUUGUCUGAGGCCAGGCCCCACAGACUAAAGACAUUGGUUUGUCUGAGGCCAGGCCCCACAGACUAAAGACAUUGGUUCGUCUGAGACCAGGCCCCACAGACUAAAGACAUUGGUUCGUCUGAGGCCAGGCCCCACAAACUAAAGACAUUGGUUUGUCUGAGGCCAGGCCCCACAGACUAAAGACAUUGGUUCGUCUGAGGCCAGGCCCCACAGACUAAAGACAUUGGUUUGUCUGAGGCCAGGCCCCACAGACUAAAGACAUUGGUUCGUCUGAGGCCAGGCCCCACAGACUAAAGACAUUGGUUUGUCUGAGACCAGGCCCCACAGACUAAAGACAUUGGUUUGUCUGAGUCCAGGCCCCACAGACUAAAGACAUUGGUUUGUCUGAGGCCAGGCCCCACAGACUAAAGACAUUGGUUUGUCUGAGGCCAGGCCCCACAGACUAAAGACAUUGGUUUGUCUGAGUCCAGGCCCCACAGACUAAAGACAUUGGUUCGUCUGAGGCCAGGCCCCACAAACUAAAGACAUUGGUUUGUCUGAGUCCAGGCCCCACAGACUAAAGACAUUGGUUCGUCUGAGGCCAGGCCCCACAGACUAAAGACAUUGGUUCGUCUGAGGCCAGGCCCCACAGACUAAAGACAUUGGUUUGUCUGAGUCCAGGCCCCACAGACUAAAGACAUUGGUUUGUCUGAGGCCAGGCCCCACAGACUAAAGACAUUGGUUCGUCUGAGGCCAGGCCCCACAAACUAAAGACAUUGGUUCGUCUGAGUCCAGGCCCCACAGACUAAAGACAUUGGUUUGUCUGAGGCCAGGCCCCACAGACUAAAGACAUUGGUUCGUCUGAGGCCAGGCCCCACAAACUAAAGACAUUGGUUCGUCUGAGGCCAGGCCCCACAAACUAAAGACAUUGGUUUGUCUGAGUCCAGGCCCCACAAACUAAAGACAUUGGUUCGUCUGAGGCCAGGCCCCACAAACUAAAGACAUUGGUUCGUCUGAGGCCAGGCCCCACAAACUAAAGACAUUGGUUUGUCUGAGGCCAGGCCCCACAGACUAAAGACAUUGGUUCGUCUGAGGCCAGGCCCCACAAACUAAAGACAUUGGUUCGUCUGAGUCCAGGCCCCACAAACUAAAGACAUUGGUUCGUCUGAGGCCAGGCCCCACAGACUAAAGACAUUGGUUCGUCUGAGGCCAGGCCCCACAAACUAAAGACAUUGGUUUGUCUGAGUCCAGGCCCCACAGACUAAAGACAUUGGUUCGUCUGAGGCCAGGCCCCACAGACUAAAGACAUUGGUUCGUCUGAGGCCAGGCCCCACAAACUAAAGACAUUGGUUUGUCUGAGUCCAGGCCCCACAAACUAAAGACAUUGGUUCGUCUGAGGCCAGGCCCCACAAACUAAAGACAUUGGUUCGUCUGAGGCCAGGCCCCACAGACUAAAGACAUUGGUUUGUCUGAGUCCAGGCCCCACAAACUAAAGACAUUGGUACGUCUGAGUCCAGGCCCCACAGACUAAAGACAUUGGUUUGUCUGAGUCCAGGCCCCACAAACUAAAGACAUUGGUUCGUCUGAGUCCAGGCCCCACAGACUAAAGACAUUGGUUCGUCUGAGUCCAGGCCCCACAGACAAACGUUUUCAAAUAAGAAACUAUUGCCUGCCUUUCCCUGAGACAUAUCCAAUGUGUGUAACAGGGUUGGGAUCGAUUCCAUUUCAAUACCAGUCAAUUCAGAAAGUAAACCAAAUUCUCGAUUCCAAUUCCAAAUUUCUCCUCUUUGAAAAUCAUUGAAGACAAUCGGAAUUGGAAUUUCAGUUUACUUCCUGAAUUGACUGGAAUUGAAAUGGAUUGGAGCCCAACACAGAAGUGAGAGCCAGAGGUAAUAAUCUUCUCUUGUUUUGCAUUGACCCAGACACCUUUUAACCUCGGAUUAAAAAAAAAAAAUACUGUUUUCCUCUGAGACAUGAUUCCCUGAAGUCUAAAGACAAACAGAACAAUAUUCUCCUAUUUGCACUGGUAUAGUGGAGCUUGUGAAGUGGGUUCCUUUUUGCUGUAACCUGAAGUUAUAUUGAUGAUGAUAUGUGAUGAUUUGUGUAAAAGACUGUGUUUCCCCUAUCGAUUCAAAUAUAUUAUACAUGGUUCAUUAAUUGAGGAUGCAUGAUCAGGAUAGCACAGGCCAUGCUUCUGCCAAAGGGUUUCAGAGAGGCACAACUGGAAAGAACCAACACACACAAAAAAAAGAUUUUGAAACUUUAAACAUUAACAUUAAAACAUGAAAAACCUACUUUAAAAAGAUGAAAAACAAAACCAACUAUUUAAAAGGAUGAGUGGUACAGUGUAACUGUCUCGGGCGGUACAAGAUGCUCCUGGCUCAAAGCUGGAACAUAACAGAUUGCAUCACCUUUUUGUAUUUUUGUACAAAACUAAAUGUAAAUAGUAAACCUUUUUAAAAAUGUUGCAAAGAUCUUUUUCUUUUUUGUAAAAUAUUUUCAAAGUUUACAUGAUUAAUUAAUGAAUUAAUUCCAAGCCUUUGUAUAUUUUGGAGCUGUGCAACACUAUUUCAGUCUUGUAUUUAUUUUUGGGUAAACGUGAGACCUCCAUUGACUGCAUUAUAUCGUAUUGAUUUGACAGCUCAUCAGACUGCUCAGUGACUGGGCAUAGAAAAGGACAAUAAAUGUGACUGCGUUUGAAAAGAAA